UGUGAUGUGUUGAGGUGACGUCUGCUGUGUAGGCGCCAUUGUGUUGACCACCAAGUCGCAUCUUGACUCAAUGCUCACUUCUUUCUUAUCGCUUUUGCAUACUCAACAGCAUGCUCAAGUCUUCUUGCAUUCAGUGAUAUGUUUAUAUAUUCAGAAAUUUUAAAGACAUUUACAUUCUAGGAUUUUAAAAAUGGGUUCGCUCGUUAGUAGAAGAAAUGCAGGCUCAGAUGUUGUGGAUUAUGGUAAUAAUAAUGCCUAUAGAUACCCUCCCAAAUCAGGUAGCUAUUUUAGCAGCCACUUUAUAAUGGGUGGUGAGAGGUUUGAUAUGACUCAACCAGAAGCUUACUUGUUUGGUGAAAAUCAAGAUUUAAACUUUCUGGGAAACAAACCAAUUCCUUUCCCUUAUCCUUUGCCCCAAGGUAAUGAACCAACAAAAACUUUGAAAAGCCUUGUCAAUAUUCGUAAGGAUACUCUACGGUUUGUACGUAUCAAUGAUGCUGAAAAAGUUCCUCUAGAUUCUACUGAUGUGGAUCCACCUUUAAAUUAUUUUCGUUACAAUAUUGAAUUCACAUUCGAUUCUGAUGUAAAAUGUGCAAUUACUAUUUAUUAUUUUGCAAUGGAAGAAAUCAACAAUGGUCAAUUAGUUUAUCACCCUCGGGAUGCAUCAAUGAAUUCUGAAACUUAUCAUUACAAGAGGGGAGCAAAUCAAGUAUUCUGUCAGUCAACUCAUGUAAUUGAUCCUAGCAAAUUUUCAGAAGAAGAAUGGCAGUAUAAUCCAGAUAAAGAAGUAAUUCCAGUUGUUAUUCAGUGUAUUGUGGAAGAAGAAGAGCACAUUGGUCAUUCUCAUGUCACAUUUGCAAUGGUUGAGAGAAAUUCUGACAGUGGUUAUGUGUUAAAACCUCUUAAACAAAAACAGUGUGUUGGUGGUUUAUGUUAUUUACUACAAGAAAUCUAUGGAAUAGAAAAUAAGAACCUGGAAAGAUCUAAACUGGAUACUGAUGAAGACAUUGAAGAUACUGGAUCUGAAUGUGUAAUAUGUAUGUCAGAUAUGCGAGAUACGCUUAUUUUACCUUGUCGUCACUUAUGCCUAUGCAAUAACUGUGCAGAAUCAUUACGUUAUCAAGCUAGUAAUUGCCCUAUUUGCCGUGCACCUUUCCGUGCACUUUUACAAAUUCGAGCCAUGCGAAGAAAACAGAUGUCUUCAAAUAUAACCCAGGGUGGUGAAGAAGAGAAUUUUGUUAGUCAAGAAGGUGUUCCUCCUGGAUAUGAAGCAGUAUCUCUCUUGGAAGCAUUAAAUGGACCUUAUCAAAAUAAUUCUGUUCUUAUGCAAAUGUCUCAUGAAGAUAUUACUCCAACAGAGAGAGAUGGUGAACAUACAGGAGACAGAAUAAGCAGCAGAAAUAAGCACAACAAUAGGAGCAGAAACCGUGAAAAGAAAAGAUCUUUAAAACGUCGACAAACUAAUGAAUUGACAAAUAGCCGUCAACAGGCUCAGAACCUCAAUGAUGAUCUUGUUGACAAAGAAAACAAAACAAAUGAAGCUAUCAUUGCCAAAAAUAUUCAGCCCACGACACCUGAAGUUGUCAUGUCAGAAAUUGUUGGUAACCAAGGUAAUAAAGAAAAUGAAAAGAAUUCUGGGAGUGAUGUAGAAGCUGUCCAUCAAAUAUGUGAGGAGAACAAACCGCAAGGCAAAAUCAAACUGAAUAGCGUCAAUAGUAUAUCUUCUGAUGCCCUCAGUGAUAAAACGGAACGACAAAUGACUGGUGAACGAAAAACUGGGUUAACUGGAGAUUCUGCACCGAAUUCUUUAGAACGAGGUGAAUAUUUGAAAUUAUAUGAACAAGCCGAACAAGAAUGUGAAUCUGAGUAUUUACGCACCUGUUCCCAGACAGUAUCUACUGAUAACUUUAUAGAAGAUUCCAGCUCCUGCUCAGAACCUGAUGAAGUUGAAGCAGAACCAGAUUAUGAUCUUGAAGAUGUUGAUUUCAAAUCGAUAACUUUAGAAGAUGAUGAGGAUGAAGAAGAAUACAAUAAGAAAAUCUUAUACCAUAACACAUUAACCGACCAUUCAGAUAUAGAACACUUGGGUUAUCCUUUGCUGAACAUGGGCAAUGAGGAAUGUAUUUCAAUGCCUGGAACACCAGCUAGCAGCACCGAGGAUUCUAGUAUUGGUAGUCAGUGCAGCUCUCAUAUGUUAUUACCCAUUCCUUCAGUCGAUGAUAAAGUCCAAAUUGAAAGUGUUUGAAACCAAUUGAAAGAAACAUUUCUUUCCUUCUUCCUUCUUUAAUCAAAUUAGCUGUUUUCAAUCUUGCCUCAGAUUGGUUAGUAUUGACCUUCCAAUGUCAGUAUUCUUUCAAAGGAUACAGUGAGUUAUUUAAAGAGAGGGAAAUAAUUUCCAGAUACUUAUACUGGAUGUUUACCAAAACCUGAAUGCGCAGCUAUUUGCACUGAAUUUAUAUUUUAAAAAGAUAAUAAUUAUUAUUUACCUGAGUAUCAAAUGUAUUGUAUUUAUGUGGAAAAUAAUAUACCCUACUAAGGUACAUUCCUUUGUGAUAAAUGGUGGGUGUGCUAUGAUGAAUUGUUACCAAAAAGGUGUACUUCAGCUGUUGGUGUCUUCUAUGAAUAUUAUUAUUAUUAUAUAUAUAGUGUUGGAAAUUUUACAAGGAACAAAUUUAUUGAAAAUUUUUAUCAACGUGAUUAAUCUUCAGGUAAUUAAUUGUGAUGUUAUUAUAUUCAGUGUGGAGCUGUCCCUCAAAAACAGAUGAUCAUAUGACACUUAAAGCAAGAAAGAACCAAAUGUAAAAACGAAAUAACAUGAACCAAACUGAAAUAGCAGCACAGCACUGUCCUUCAAAAUGUUCACUUUCAUAUGAAGAAUUAUAGGAAAUAAACUACGUAAAUUGUUUAAACUUUGUUUUGUCAUCUUGGAAUUUGUAAAUUUUAUUUCUCUACCAAUAAAUCUUUAUGGAACUGAAUCUCCAGCUUUAUGGUUGCUUUCCCCCACAUCAAGCUUUACAAAAACUGCUUUUGUAAAUGUAUUUGUGUUGAUUUCUAAAAUUAAAGAAACAAAUCUGUUAUAUGCAGGAUAUUUCUGUAAUAUUGGUCUGCUAUUGAUACACAAUAUUGCAUGGCAUUAUAAAGAAAUAAAUGUUAAGCAUUUUUCAUUUACCUUU